CCCCCCAGGGUACUACUAUCGGCCGGGGACGGGCGCGGGGCGGCUGAGGUGGCACAUUCACCUACUGGGGGGCGGGUGGUGUGCGUCGGAGGGGGAAUGCGUGAAUCGAUCGCUCACCGUCAUUGGCUCGUCCAAGUACUGGGCCGCCGAUCCCGAGUUGCGCAAGGGAAACCAACACGCGCCUAAGAUGCGCGGAAUACUGUCUGAGAGGAGGCGCAGCAACCCCGCGUUCCACUCGUGGAACCUCGUCGUGAUGCUCUACUGCGAUGGCGGCGGGUACAUGAGCAUACGCGGCCCUGUGCUCGUGCGCGUGGGCCCUGGGAAGCAGCGCAUGAUUCACAUGCAGGGGUGGAACAACGUCCAGGCUGUGAUGCAUGACAUAAAGCUCAACCGAGGAGCAAACGCUGCGACACAGGUUCUGCUGUCGGGGUGUUCGGCGGGUGGGCAGGCUGUGAUCAUGCUGUGCGAUCGCAUGGCGGCUGCCUUCCCUGCUGCUGCCACCAAGUGCCUCUCGGACUCUGCCUUCAUUACUGAUGCCAAGGACAGAUUGGGAGAGCGGCAUGCGAGGCAGUAUGUGAAAGAAGUUGCAACGACACACAACAUCAACAUCCCUAACUGCUACACAGGUGCUGUGCCCUCACUUCUGAACUCACGUAUGCACAAUGAACAUUAA